AGCACAUCCAUGCCAUGGAUUGGACUCAGCGGGGGAGGGGUCAUGAGGACUCGCUUAAAGACGAGCCCCCUCCUGGUGACACUCUGCACUAAUGAUGUCAUCUUCAAUCCCGCCCCCACUUAUACGAGCCAGGAAAGAGGCGGACCAGCGAAGGAGUGCAAAGAAAGAGAAACAAAAGAAGCCAGAUAUUGUGGGGACAAGAGAGUGAUAGGACAACAACAUGUACAAAUAUGAUAUCAGAAUCAGAAACACUUUAAUAAACCCAGAGGGGAAAUUAAGAUUUUCAACACAAUCUCAUUCAAGAUCAGACAAUCAUUACAGGGAGACAGAACAGGAUCAAACAUUACAGGGAGACAGAACAGGAUCAAACAUUACAGGGAGACAGAACAUUAUCAAACAUUGCAGGGAGACAGAAAAGGAUCAAACAUUACAGGGAGACAGAACAGGAUCAAACAUUACAUACAGGGAGACAGAACAGGAUUAAACAUUACAGGGAGACAGAACAGGAUCAAACAUUACAGGGAGACAGAACAUGAUCAAACAUUACAGGGAGACAGAACAGGAUCAAACAUUACAGGGAGACAGAACAGGAUCAAACAUUACAGGGAGAAAGAACAGGAUCAAACAUUACAGGGAGACGGAUCAGGAUCAAACAUUACAGGGAGACGGAUCAGGAUCAAACAUUACAGGGAGACGGAUCAGGAUCAAACAUUACAGUGAGACAGAACAAUAUCAAACAGUACAGGGAGACAGAACAGGAUCAAACAUUACAGGGAAACAGAACAUGAUCAAACAUUACAGAGAAACAGAACAGGAUCAAACAUUACAGGGAGACAGAACAGGAUCAAACAUUACAGGGAGACAGAACAGGAUCAAACAUUACAGGGAGACAGAACAUGAUCAAACAUUACAGGGAGACAGAACAGGAUCAAACAUUACAGGGAGACAGAACAGGAUCAAACAUUACAGGGAGACAGAACAGGAUCAAACAUUACAGGGAGACAGAACAGGAUCAAACAUUACAGGGAGACAGAACAGGAUCAAACAUUACAGGGAGAAAGAACAGGAUCAAACAUUACAGGGAGACGGAUCAGGAUCAAACAUUACAGGGAGACGGAUCAGGAUCAAACAUUACAGGGAGACAGAACAGGAUCAAACAUUACAGGGAGACAGAACAGGAUCAAACAUUACAGGGAGACAGAACAGGAUCAAACAUUACAGGGAAACAGAACAGGAUCAAACAUUACAGGGAGACAGAACAGGAUCAAACAUUACAGGGAGACAGAACAGGAUCGCUGCAGGGGGGUGGGGGGGGGAUUCAGUCUAAGCCAGACAGUGGCCAAGGAAAAUAAACGUCAAGAGGGAAACAUCAAAGAACACAAAAGACAUUAAAAGAGCAGAGCUGACGCAACCAACCACUUCUACAUACAGCUACAAAAGUCAAAACAACAACAAAAACAUAGACACAUUGGUGGCUUCUGCAGUCUUCAACACCAUCAUCUGCUGGGGUGGGGGGAGCAUGGCCAGAGACAGGAGCAGACCCAACAAAGCAACCAAGAGAGCCCACUCCACCCUCGGCCGCCAACCAACUCUCGGCCAGUGUCCAGUCUGCAUGGAUGAGCGACAUGCAUGGAUGCGUCCAAGGAGACCGAGGUGUCCGAUACCUGCUCAUUCAGCCAAGACACUGUGAAGCCUGUCUCUUCAUCCACAUCUCCUCCAGUCUCUCCAAACUCUGCAGCCCUGUCUCUUCAUCCACAUCUCCUCCAAUCUCUCCAAACUCUGCAGCCCUGUCUCUUCAUCCACAUAUCCUCCACUCUUUUCAAACUCUCCACUCCUGUCUCUUCAUCCACAUAUCCUCCAAUCUUUCCAAACUCUGCAGCCCUGUCUCUUCAUCCACAUCUCCUCCACUCUCUCCAAACUCUGCUGUCCUGUCUCUUCAUCCACAUCUCCUCCAGUCUCUCCAAACUCUCCACUCCUGUCUCUUCAUCCUCAUCUCCUCCAGUCUCUCCAAACUCUGCAGUCCUGUCUCUUCAUCCACAUCUCCUCCAGUCUCUCCAAACUCUCCACUCCUGUCUCUUCAUCCACAUCUCCUCCAGUCUCUCCAAACUCUGCAGCCCAGUCUCUUCAUCCACAUCUCCUCCAGUCCCUCCAAACUCUGCAGCCCAGUCUCUUCAUCCACAUCUCCUCCAGUCUCUCCAAACUCUGCAGUCCUGUCUCUUCAUCCACAUCCCCUACAGUCUCUCCAAACUCUGCAGCCCAGUCUCUUCAUCCACAUCUCUUCCACUCUCUCCAAACUCUGCAGUCCUGUUUCUUCAUCCACAUCUCCUCCAGUCUCUCCAAACUCUCCACUCCUGUCUCUUCAUCCUCAUCUCCAGUCUCUCCAAACUCUGCAGUCCUGUCUCUUCAUCCACAUCUCCUCCAGUCUCUCCAAACUCUCAACUCCUGUCUCUUCAUCCUCAUCUCCUCCAGUCUCUCCAAACUCUCCACUCCUGUUUCUUCAUCCUCAUCUCCUCCAGUCUCUCCAAACUCUGCAGUCCUGUCUCUUCAUCCACAUCUCCUCCAGUCUCCCCAAACUCUGCAGCCCCGUCUCUUCAUCCACAUCUCCUCCAGUCUCUCCAAGCUCUGCAGCCCAGUCUCUUCAUCCACAUCUCCUCCAGUCUCUCCAAGCUCUGCAGCCCAGUCUCUUCAUCCACAUCUCCUCCAGUCCCUCCAAACUCUGCAGCCCAGUCUUUUCAUCCACAUUUCCAGUCUAUUCAAACUCUCCACUCCUGUCUCUUCAUCCAAAUAUUCUCCAGUCUCUCCAAACUCUGCAGCCCCGUUUCUUCAUCCACAUCUCCUCCAGUCCCUCCAAACUCUACAGUCAUGUCUCUUCAUCCACAUCUCCUCCACUCUUUUCAAACUCUCCACUCCUGUCUCUUCAUCCACAUAUCCUCCAGUCUCUCCAAACUCUGCAGCCCUGUCUCUUCAUCCACAUCUCCUCCACUCUCUCCAAACUCUGCAGCCCUGUCUCUUCGUCCACAUCUCCUCCACUCUCUCCAAACUCUGCAGUCCUGUCUCUUCAUCCACAUCUCCUCCAAACUCUGCAGUCCUGUCUCUUCAUCCACAUCUCCUCCAGUCUCUCCAAACUCUCAACUCCUGUCUCUUCAUCCUCAUCUCCUCCAGUCUCUCCAAACUCUCCACUCCUGUCUCUUCAUCCUCAUUUCCUCCAGUCUCUCCAAACUCUGCAGUCCUGUCUCUUCAUCCACAUCUCCUCCAGUCUCUCCAAACUCUCCACUCCUGUCUCUUCAUCCACAUCUCCUCCAGUCUCUCCAAACUCUGCAGCCCCGUUUCUUCAUCCACAUCUCCUCCAGUCUCUCCAAACUCUACAGUCCUGUCUCUUCAUCCACAUCUCAUCCAGUUUCUCCAAACACUGCAGUCCUGUCUCUUCAUCCACAUCUUCUCAAGUCCCUUCAAACUCUGCAGUCCUGUCUCUUCAUCCACAUCUCCUCCAGUCUCUCCAAACUCUGCAGUCCUGUCUCUUCAUCCACAUAUCCUCCAGUCUCUCCAAACUCUGCAGUCCUGACUCUUCAUCCACAUCUCCUCCAGUUUCUCCAAACUCUGCAGUCCUGUCUCUUCAUCCACAUCUCCUCCAGUUUCUCCAAAGACUGCAGUCCUGUCUCUUCAUCCACAUCUUCUCCAGUCUCUUCAAACUCUGCAGCCCAGUCUCUUCAUCCACAUCUACCCCAGUCCCUCCAAACAGACUCUGGUGUGGCAGAGACCCAGCAGCUGGUCUCCACGGCCAAAAGGCUCCUGGCAGGCAGAUCCAGAUGUUUACAAAAAAAGCACAGCAGAAGUCAGGGAAAGUGCCAGCCCUUGUCACACAGUCCCAAAGGUCAUUGUCCUGUUGGAACACCCAAUUUUGCCCAAGACCCAACCUCCGGGCUGAUGAUUUUAUCUUGUCCUGAAGAAUUGGAGGUGAUCCUCAGCCAUACGACGACACAACUCUGGGCAUGCAAGCCCGGGCCGACAUCCGACUAACCAUCCAACAUGAAGUCAAAGCAGAACCAAGUCCAUGCUCACCUGCUCACUUUAUUUAGAUAUUAUUAAAAAAACCUCCAGUCAGCAUACAAAUCCAUUGCAGUGCAUGAUGGGGAAAAUGCAAAACACUCUCCACACUUAUUCAUCUUUGACUUCUAGCUGCUAGAUAUUUUUGAUAGAUUACAAAACUUUAAUGAUGUGUAGGACUCACACUUUCACAUACUUAGGUUUUUUAAUCAUAAUUAUAGAUCCAUUAUAUUAUUAAAAUAUGCACAUAUAUUUAUACAUGUAUAGGCUAUAUAUGUGUAAAUGUGUGUAUAUAUAUGUGUGUAUGGAUGUGGGUGUGUAUAUGUAUGGAUAUACCAUAUGUGUGUGUAUAUAUAUACCUGUGCAUUUAUCAAUAAAUCAAUCAAUGUUUAUUUAUAUAGCCCCAAAUCACAAAUGUCUCAAAGGACUGCACAAAUCAUUACGACUACAACAUCCUCGGAAGAACCCACAAAAGGGCAAGGAAAACUCACACCCAGUGGGCAGGGAGAAUUCACAUCCAGUGGGACGCCAGUGACAAUGCUGACUAUGAGAAACCUUGGAGAGGACCUCAGAUGUGGGCAACCCCCCCCCCCCUGUGAAAGUUCAAUCCAUAGUGGCUCCAACACAGCCGCGAGAGUUCAGUUCAAGCGGAUCCAAGACUGCAGCGAGAGUCCCGUCCACAGGAGACCAUCUCAAGCGGAGGCGGAUCAGCAGCGUAGAGAUGUCCCCAACCGAUACAGGCGAGCGGUCCAUCCUGGGUCCCGACGAGCGGUCCAUCCUGGGUCUCGACCCUGGACAGCCAGUACUUCAUCCAUGGUCAUCGGACCGGACCCCCUCCACAAGGGAGGGGGGGACGUAGGAGAAAGAAAAGAAGCGGCAGAUCAACUGGUCUAAAAAGGAGGUCUAUUUAAAGGCUAGAGUAUACAGAUGAGUUUUAAGGUGAGACUUAAAUGCUUCUACUGAGGUAGCAUCUCAAACUGUUACCGGGAGGGCAUUCCAGAGUACUGGAGCCCGAACGAAAAACGCUCUAUAGCCCGCAGACUUUUUUUGGGCUCUAGGAAUCACUAAUAAGCCGGAGUCUUUUGAACGCAGAUUUCUUGCCGGGACAUAUGGUACAAUACAAUCGGCAAGAUAGGCUGGAGCUAGACCGUGUAGUAUUUUAUACGUAAGUAGUAAAACCUUAAAGUCACAUCUUAAGUGCACAGGAAGCCAGUGCAGGUGAGCCAGUACAGGCGUAAUGUGAUCAAACUUUCUUGUUCUUGUCAAAAGUCUAGCAGCCGCAUUUUGUACCAACUGUAAUCUUUUAAUGCUGGACAUGGGGAGACCCGAAAAUAAUACGUUACAGUAAUCGAGACGAGACGUAACAAACGCAUGGAUAAUGAUCUCGGCGUCUUUAGCGGACAAAAUGGAGCGAAUUUUAGCGAUAUUACGGAGAUGAAAGAAGGCCGUUUUAGUAACGCUUUUAAUGUGUGACUCAAAGGAAAGAGUUGGGUCGAAGAUAAUACCCAGAUUCUUUACCGAGUCACCUUGUUUUAUUAUUUGGUUGUCACAUGUUAAAAUUGUAUUAUUAAAUAGAGGUCGGUGUCUAGCAGGACCGAUAAUCAGCAUUUCCAUUUUUGUUUUUUUUUUCGUUUUUUUGUCUAUACAUAUUCCAUAUAUAUAUAUAUAAUAUAUAUAUAUGGAAUAUAUACACACAUAUAUAUAAUUGUGUGUGUGUAUAAAAUACUGCCUUCCCGCUUGUAUUAAGUUAUUUAAAUUAAGAUGAGAAAACUAUGAUUAUAUGGAAUAUUGAUUUUUGAAAUAGGUAAAGUAAGAAAGAAUGCAAAAUAGAAAUGUAUUUCAGUUUUAGGCGUUAAAUAGUGGAAGAAGCUCAGUGAUGAGUUGAAGACGUGUAUUUCUUCGUCAAGCAUUAAGAAAACCUUGAAAGGUGAAAUAAUUAAAAAUGCUAAAAUAUAGUAACAAUUCCUUUCAUCCCAUUGAUUUUUUUUAACGAUGUUCCAGGCAAUGUAAUUUUGAGUGACUGUUUAGGAGAGGCAAAUAUAAGCUUUGGCUUCAACCUAUUCCUUUUUUCACUCAUUCUCUUUUUUUUUUGCGUAUAAAUGUGUAUGAUUGUUAAAUAUGUAUCAUUUGUAUUGUUAAACUGCUCACACAAAAUGGUGAUGAUUGAUUAUAUGACCCAAAUAAACUUAUUUCAUUCAUUCA